GCUCUGUGGGCACAACUUAUUGUGUUCUUCUUCACAUCCUCAAAAACUAAACUACGCUGCAACGACGACAAACUGACCCGGCACAAUGUCUCGGUUCCUGGAUUUGGCGGAGUUUGGCGAAGCUGCCCGCUUCCUUCGUCUCACAAACUUGGAGCAGCUGGCUGCGGUAGCCCAGGCUUAUGACGGUACGAAGCGUGUUUGGAUGCCUGAUGAUAUCGAAGCGUACGUCGAAGUGGAAGUUAAAGAGCUGAACGGAGACAAGACCACUGUGGAGACCAAGGACGGACGGUUUCUGAUAGCCAAAGAAAACGACCUCCAGCCAACGAACCCGUCCAAGUUUGACAUGUACGAGGACAUGGCCAUGUUGACACACCUCAACGAAGCCUCGGUCUUCUUCAACCUGAGGAGGAGAUACAGCAUGUGGAUGAUCUAUACCUACUCCGGUCUGUUCUGUGUGACAGUCAACCCGUACAAAUGGCUGCCAGUCUACUCUGCUCAGGUGGUCACAGCAUAUAAAGGGAGGCGUCGUUUAGAAACACCGCCCCACAUCUACGCCGUCGCUGACAACGCCUACACUGACCUGCUGCAGAAUCGGGAGAACCAGUCAAUGUUGAUCACCGGUGAGUCAGGCGCAGGGAAAACUGUCAACACCAAGAGGGUGAUACAGUACUUUGCCAUCAUCGCUGCUCUGGGGGAAAAAGUAAAAAAAGGAGGAAAUUUAGAGGACCAGAUCAUUGAAGCUAAUCCGGCUAUGGAGGCGUUCGGCAACGCCAAAACCGUCCGCAACGACAACUCCUCCCGCUUUGGAAAGUUCAUCAGAAUUCAUUUUGGGCCGACAGGAAAGCUGGCGUCUGCUGACAUCAACAUCUAUCUUCUAGAAAAGUCCAGAGUUGUGGUCCAGCAGCCAGCAGAGAGAAGCUUCCACAUCUACUACCAGAUCCUGUCCAGUUACAAGCCAGAACUACAAGACAUGCUGCUGGUGACCACCAACCCCAACGACUACCACUUCUGCUCUCAGGGUGUGACCACAGUGGAAGGCAUGAACGACGCAGAGGAGCUAAAGCUCACUGAUCAUGCCAUGGACACGCUGGGCUUCACUCCAGAGGAGAAGUACGGCUGCUAUAAACUCGUUGGAGCCAUCAUGCACUUUGGUAACAUGAAGUUCAAGAAGAGGCAGAGAGAGGAGCAGGCCGAGGCCGACGGCACAGAGAGUGAGGAUAAAGCAGCCUAUCUGAUGGGCAUCAGCUCUGCGGACCUGCUGAAGGGUCUGCUGAACCCCCGUGUCAAAGUCGGAAACGAGUACAUCAUCAAAGGACAGACUGUAGAACAGGUCACCUUUUCAGCGGCAGCCCUGGCCAAAGCCACCUAUGACCGGAUGUUUAAGUGGUUGGUGAGUCGUAUCAACUCAUCCUUAUACACCGCUCUGCCUCGUCAGUACUUCAUUGGAGUCCUCGACAUCGCCGGCUUCGAGAUCUUUGAGUUCAAUAACUUUGAGCAGCUUUGCAUCAACUACACCAACGAGAAGCUGCAGCAGUAUUUCAACCACCACAUGUUCAUCCUGGAGCAGGAGGAGUACAAGUGUGAGGGGAUCGAGUGGACCUUCAUAGACUUUGGGUUGGACUUACAGGCCUGCAUAGACCUCAUAGAGAGGCCCAUGGGUAUUCUGUCCAUCAUGGAGGAGGAGUGUAUGUUCCCCAAGGCCACGGACAACAGCUUUAAAACCAAACUCUACGACAACCACCUGGGGAAGUCGCCCAACUUCCAGCGGCCGCGGCCGGAUAAGAAGCGCAAAUAUGAGACGCACUUUGAGUUGGUUCACUAUGCUGGAGUGGUUCCCUACAAUAUCACAGGAUGGCUGGAUAAGAACAGAGAUCCUCUGAAUGAGACGGUGGUGACUCUGUUCCAGAAAUCCUCCCACAAACUAAUGGCCAGUCUGUUUGAGGACUACAUCAGCUCUGAUAUGGCCUGUGAUCAUGAAGGCAAACACCGGAAGAGGAAAGCAGCUUCCUUCCAGACAGUUUCACAGUUACACAAGGAGAAUCUAAAGAAGCUGAUGGCUCACCUCCGCAGCACUCAGCCUCACUUUGUCCGCUGCAUCAUCCCCAACGACACCAAGAGUCCAGGUAUGAUGGAUGCCUUCCUGGUCCUCCACCAGUUGAGGUGUAACGGAGUCCUCGAGGGGAUCAGGAUCUGCAGGAAGGGCUUUCCAAACCGCAUCCUGUACGCUGAGUUCAAACAACGUUAUCGCAUCUUGAAUCCUGCUGCGAUUCCAGAGGACACGUAUGUGGACAGCAGGAAGGCUGUGGAGAAACUACUAGGCUCUCUGGACAUUGACCACAACCAGUACAAGUUCGGACACACUAAGGUGUUUUUUAAGGCGGGACUGCUGGGUCUGUUGGAGGACAUGAGGGACACCCGUCUGGCUGAGAUCCUCACCAUCGUUCAGGCCAUGGCCAGAGGGAAGCUGAUGAGGAUGCAACGAGAUAAGAUGAUGCUAGAAAGGGACGCUAUAAUGGUGAUCCAGUUCAACCUCAGAUCGUACUACAUUGUGAGGACUUGGCCGUGGAUGAUGCUGUUCUAUAAGAUGCGCCCCCUGCUCAGGAGCGCCCAGGUGGAGAAAGAACUGGCUGCUCUCAAAGAAGAGUUCAAAAAGCUAAAAGUGGCCUUCGACAGGGCAGAGGUCAAGCGUUGUGAGGCGGAGGAGCGGCAGGUGGUUUUGGUUCAGGAGAAAAACGACCUUGCUCUGCAGCUCCAAGCUGAGCAGGACAACCUGACGGAUGCAGAGGUGCGCUGCAACCAGCUGAUUCAGUCCAAGAUCUCUCUGGAGUCGAAGCUGAAGGAGAUGCAGGAACGUCUGGAGGAUGAGGAGGAGGUGACGGCCUCGCUGACGUCCCAGAAACGUCAGCUGGAGGAGGAGGUGAUAUCACUGAAGAAAGACGUGGACGACCUGGAGAUGACUCUGGCUAAAGUGGAGAAAGAGAGACAUGGAGUGGAGAACAAGGUGAAGAACCUGUCCCAUGAGAUGUGUGCUCUGGAUGAAACCAUAGCGUCUCUGACCAGAGAGAAAGCCGCCCUGACAGAAGCUCAUCAGCAGGCUCUGAGUGACCUUCAGGCGCAGGAGGACAAGGUCAACAUGCUGGUCAAGGCGAAAGCUCGGCUGGAGCAGCAGGUGGACAAUGUAGAAGGUUCCCUGGAGCAGGAGAAGAAGGUGCGGUUGGAUCUGGAACGAACCAAACGGAAGCUGGAGGGGGAUCUGAAGCUGUCCAUGGACUCAGUGAAGGACCUGGAGAACCAGAAGGGAGAGCUGGAGGAGAGAAUGAAAAAAAAAGACUUUGAGUCGGGUCAGCUUCAAUCCAAACUGGAGGACGAACAGAGCGUGGUUACUAACCUUCAGAAGAGGAUCAAGGAGCUCCAGACUCGUAUCGAGGAGCUGGAGGAGGCGCUGGAAGCGGAGCGGGCGUGGCGCUCCAAAGCUGAGCGUCAGAGGAACGACAUCACCAGAGAGCUGGAGGACCUUGGAGAGAAACUGGAGGAGGCAGGAGGAGCAUCUGCUGCUCAGAUCGCUCUCAACAGGAAGAGGGAGGCAGACUUCCUGAAGAUGCGGCGGGAGCUGGAGGAGGCGGGGCUUCACCACGAGGCGACAGCCGCCAAUCUGAGGAAGAAGCACUCGGACACGGUGACGGAGCUCAGCGAGCAGAUCGACGCUCUGCAAAGAACCAAACAGAAACUGGAGAAGGAGAAGGUUGAGUUCAGACUAGAGGCUGAUGACCUGGCUUCUAACGUGGAGCAGCUGACCAGGACAAAGGGAGCUGUGGAGAAGAUGUGCAGGGUUUAUGAAGACCAGCUGAAUGAAAGCAGGUGUAAAGCAGAAGAGCUGCAGAGACAGCUGAACGACGUUUCUGCUCAGAAAGCACGAGCGCUCACAGAGACUGCCGAGUACAGCCGUCGCCUGGAGGAGCGGGAGGCUAUGAUUGGUCAACUCACGCGCUCCAAAGCGGGGGUUUUCCAAAACUCUGAAGACCUGAAGAGGCAGCUGGAGGAGGAGAGCAAAGCCCGUGUGGCGCUGGCUCACGCGGUGCACAUGUCCCAUCAUGACAGCAGUCUGCUCAGAGAGCAGCUGGAGGAGGAGAUGGAGUCCAAAGCUGAACUGCAGAGGGAGCUGUCUAAAGCCAACGGCCAGGUGGUUCAGUGGAGAGCCAAGUACGAGACUGACGCUGUGAUGAGAAUAGAGGAGCUGGAAGACGCAAAGAAGAAGUUGGUCAUUAAACUGCAGACAGUUGAGGAAUAUGCGGAGACGUCUCAGGCCAAAUGUUCCUCACUGGAGAAAUCCAAACUCAGUCUGCAGACAGAGAUUGAAGACCUCUUGGUUGACCUGGAGCGAACCAACACUGCUGCUCUGGCUCUGGAAAGGAGGCAACGCAACUUCGACAAGUUGUUGAGUGACUGGAAGCUGAAGUUUGACGAGAGUCAGACGGACCUGGAGUCGUCGCAGAGAGAGUCCCGCAGUCUGAGCACCGAGCUCUUCAAACUGAAGAACUGCUACGAACAAGCUCUGGACCAUCUGGAGACAGUCAAACGAGAAAACAAGAACCUGCAAGAGGAGAUACUGGACCUGACGGAUCACAUCAGUCAGGGAGGGAAGACCAUCUUUGAGCUGGAGAGAGUGAAGAAGAUCCUCGACAUGGAGAAAUGCGAUAUCAGAGCAUCUCUGGAGGAAGCAGAGGGUUCUCUGGAGCAUGAAGAGAGUAAGACCCUGAGAUUUCAGAUGGAGCUGCAGCAGAUUAGGACUGAGAUUGGGCGCAAGAUUGCUGAGAAAGAAGAAGAGAUCGACAACCUCAGGCGGGGCCACCAGCGCUCCCUGGACACCAUGCAAGCCAGUUUGGAGGCGGAGAUUCGUAGUCGCAGUGAGGCGGUCCGUCUGAAGAAGAAGAUGGAGUCGGACCUGAACGAGAUGGAGCUUCAGCUUGGAUACGCCAGCAGACAGGCAGCCGAGGGCCAGAGGCUCAUCAGACACCUUCAGUCACAGGUUAAAGAGCAACAGCUGGAUCUGGAGGAUAAAGUCCAGCUGUCCCAUCAGCUCAGAGAACAGAUAGUCCUGUUAGAGCGCCGUUGUUCCCUGAUGACGGCGGAGGAGGAGGAGCUGCGUUCGAUCCUGGAACAAACCGACCGCGGCCGCAAGAUAGCCGAACACGAGCUGGUGGAGGUCACGGAGAGAGUUAACAUGCUCUCUACACAGAACUCAGGUCUGUAUAAUCACAAGAAGAAGCUGGAGGCCGACAUUUCUCUGCUGGCAGGAGAAGUGGACGAGGCCACACAGGAGAGUCGCAGUGCUGAAGAGAAAGCCAAGAAGGCCCUCACUGAUGCGGCUCUGAUGGCGGAGGAGCUGAAGAAGGAGCAGGACAGCGGUGCUGUGAUGGAGAGAAUGAAGAAGAACAUGGUGUCCACGGUGAAAGACCUGCAGGUCAAACUGGACGAGACGGAGCAGAUGGCGCUGAAAGGAGGAAAGAAACUGCUUUCUAAACUGGAGACAAGAGUGAGGGAGCUGCAGACGGAGCUGACGCUGGAGCAGAAGAGGAGCGAGGAGUAUCACAAAGGAGUCCGUCGCUACGAGAAGAGAGUCAAAGAGCUGACGUACCAGUCAGAAGAGGACAGGAAGACUCUGCUGAGGAUGCAGGAGCUCAUCGAUAAGCUUCAGACCAAAGUCAAGAGCUACAAGAGACAAGCUGAUAACGCUGAGGAGCAGGUGAGCUGCAGCACGCAGCGUUUCAGGAAAGUCCAACACGAGCUGGACGACGCCGAGGAGAGAGCCGACAUCGCAGAGACGACCGUCAACAAGAUACGGAUUCGAACCCGCGAACAGACCAGCAAGGUCGUCAUGAUCGUUGAGUGAAGCUCUGCUGCCUCUUCAAACACCGUCAGGGCGGUUCUGGUGUGACGUUUCUAAUGUUUGAUUGCUGUGUUUCAAUCUGAUGUGUUUGUGCUGUAUAGUCCAGGAUCAUAGGGGGGGACAUGUGAAUCUGCAUCUGCUGUAAUGUAACCAUGUCAAUAUGUUUCUAUUUUUCUCCACUGUAAAGCAUUGUGAACUGGUUUGUACAGGAAGUAGACGACGGCAGCGAGUAUGUACAAGAGCUGGUAUAUAGCAGAGCAGUGCAGUACUUAACGGUACAGGUUUGUAGUGCUGAACGACUAGGUUGCCGAUUUAUGUUUUUGCCCGUGGGUGCCCAAAUUUUGUGAAUCUCACCAAGGUGAUGAUUGUCACAAAAGUCAGGAAAUGUUGUAAAUGCCUCAAUCUGGUGCACUUUGAGAGCAAAGUGAAGAGGCUAGAUCUAUGAAGAACUUGACGGGUCAGGUGGGUUGCCGACAGGAGCACUAUGGAGCCAAGAUCCACCUUUACACUCGCGCCUUUCUAAGCUGACCUAGAGCCGGUUGCGGCCCGGCGAUGGCCAGCCAGCGCCAGGGAGCAAGGCCACAUUCAAGUACCAUGGGCCCUGGGGUUACAACUUUUUCACGGCCCUCCUAUCUCACAUAAUGCACGCAUAACCAGGAGAACCUCCUUCUCUCACGGCAGUGUGUUCAUACAGCUACAGUAAGCUAAGCUGCUUAAAGCUAAACUUUAUCACACAGUACUGAGUGAGUUUGUAACAUUAUUUAGCUUCGAUCACGAUAGUUAACUUGGUAAAAUAUAAAUGAAGGCUGGGAAGAAGCGGGAGCAUUCGUCAGAGUUGGACGCGAAGUACGAGGAUGUGGCUAUUUCCUGGAAGCCGUACACUCAUGAAAAAGUUUCAGUGGAAAAUAUUCCUUUGUUCAUUUUUUUGCCCCCGUAUGCCACCGGGUUGGCCACCCGAUUCCUGCUUCUUUUAUUCUUCAUUUUGAGUGAUAACUUUCCUGAUUGUUGCGGAAAAAAUGUUGAGAAAUGAGCAUGUUUUUGGAGCUGAGAAAGCUGAGUACAAAAUAAUUUAUAGAUAAAUGGGUCAAUAAUUGAUUUAUGACUGCAGCAUAGAUUGACGGCGGCUACUUUUAUGUACAGUAUGUCACAUACGGUACAUUAUAUUAAACCUGCAUUAAGUGAUGUUUUUGAUAUUAACAUGAAUUCAAAUGACUGUGUGUAAUGUUAAAGUGUCUCUCAUAGUGCUGAACACACUGACAAUAGUCACCAACUCUGCAGCUCUACGCAGUCUUUAGCUUCUUUUAGCUCCUAGCUACUGCGUGGUUGAGUCCAUCAGGCUCUCACCACCCCACCAUAUAAAACUGUAGGCAGCUGACGGAUUUUCUGCCCCCUAGUGGUCAAAAAUCCUUCAGUGCUGCUUAAAUGUGAUCUUGCUCACAGUUUUGAAAAAGCACAACCACAAUUAAGACAAUGCCAGAGUCCUGAUAAACCCGGUGCCUGCAUUCAUACUGUAUGUUUGACUAUUUAUGUGUGGGGUUUUACUGUAGUCGAUGUUUUGACUGAAAUCUUCAGUGUAGUAAAAAAUUAAAAAUAAAUACCUGUUGGUGUUUGAUGUCUAGUUUGUUAACUUCUUCUUCUACAUCACAAAACACCUGCCAGCCUGUGACACACAAACCAUAAAGGUCUCCAACAAAAUCAACGUUGACAAUGACUCUAUACAGUAUAUAGAAGUCCCGCCCCUUCUGGUGGACCACCAUGGGACCUUAUUUCGGAAAAAAUAUGAACGGUAGUCAACGGCAAAUAAUAUUUUGAUCACGUUUGAAUUGUGACAUGAAUUAAACCAACACAUUCUCACUCCCAACUCGACAAUAUGCGCUCAUUACAUGCAUAGUGUCCUUUCAAAAUAAACUUCACUUGACAAACAUCACAUGUGUGAUUAAUGGUACAAUUCAAACGGGAUCAAAACUAUAUGUCUCUCUACGUUGACCAACAUUCAAAGGACCUGUAUGUAACAUUUAGGGGGAUCUAUUGGCAGAAAUGGAAUAUAAUAUUCAUAACUAUGUUUUCAUUAGUGUAUAAUCACAUGAUAAUAAGAAUCGCUGUGUUUUCGUUACCUUAGA